UACCGGUAGUCGGACGAUACUCAACGCCAGCUCAAGAUCGACUAAAACGCAUGUACUUGUGGGGGUUGAAGUACUGAAUAGGACAAUUCGAAAUCUACCGGAUCGCAUGCAACGUAGCACCAAGCCAGCCUCGUCCAAGGUCGACAAGCGAGAGCUCAAGCGCCAAUACGACAAGAAGUACCGCGCUGGGAAGCGCGAGCACCGCGCCGCCAUGGACCGCGCCCGCCGCCUCCGGCUCAAGCGCGAGAAGCUCCAGGCGCAAGGCCUCGAUCCACCGACCGAUGUUCUGCGCCCGACGCCAUCGACGACCAAGAAGCCGCGCUGCAAGACGAAGAUGAAGGCGCAGCCGAUGCUUCCGACGCUCUUUGCGCUCCGCGAGCAAAAGACGCGGGGCAACCGUCGCAUCUUUUUCGAGCUCCUCGACCAAGAGUACGCGAUGCUCAAGCUCAACCCCAAGUGCAAGCAGUGCCAAGGCCACGACAGCGUCGUCAAGGCCAAGACCUUUCCGGCGUCGCCCCAUGCGACGCUCGGCCCGACGCUCUGCGAGCUCUGCUUCCAGGUCAUGUUCCUCGAGCACUGCCACGCCCGGGAGCGCGCGACUGCAACGUAG